CCAAUGUUGUGAAACAUUAGCCUUAUGAUCUCUUUUAUAGGAGGAGUGUUCAACGUACACAAAUAUACGGCAGUUGCAUGUCAUCUGCAGCGCUAGCGCAGGAGCUAGCUAUGGAAAGCGAUGAAGAAAGAGAUUCACCAUUAUCACGGUCUGACUCUAUUGAUCCUAAAGCCGAGUUGGCCUCAGUCUGUCGAGACGGCAACUAUCAACGUGCCCACGAGCUAUUAGCCCUAGGGGUCGACCCCCGGCUAUCAAGAGUGGGAUUCUUUAACUGGUCCCCUCUCCACUUUGCCUGUCACCAGGGAGAAAUGAGUUUUGUAAAGUUACUCACGGAAUCGUACGAGUGUCAACCAGAAGCGGAGGACAAGGAGGGACGAGUUGCUCUACACCUAGCUGCUCAAAAUGGCCACGUGAAGGUGGCGAGGUACCUCGUCAAGAACCGUGGAUGUAUAGUUGACUAUGGGGAUAUUGGUGACCUGACUCCUUUACAUCAUGCCUGCGGGUGGCUGAGUGAGUGUUCUGAGGAUAAAGCUCUCGAGAUGAUCAAGUUUCUGGUAAACAAAUGCCACAGUGAUCCUAACUUGAGAGACAAAGAAGGGAAGAAUGGUCUUCUGCACGCCUGUGAGAAAGGAUUCCUAACUAUUGUUCGCUUCUUUGUUGAUGAAUGCCAAUGCGAUCUAUCAAGUAUUGAUUACCAUGGAAAUACGUCACUUCAUUUUGCUGUUGCCUUUAGCGAUAAUCUUGAAUUGGUUCGCUACAUUCACAGCCAAACAAACAUAGACAUAUCUUCAGCCAAUGACAGAGGCAACACUAUUCUGCACAGUGCUUAUGCCAGCAACUGUUCCCACAAAGAUGACAUAAUCGAGUUUCUGUACGGAGAGCUCAAACUGGACCCCUACUCCACAAACAAGCAAGGCAAGACACCGUUCGAGAUGUCUCUGAUGACAGAGCCAGAGAAGUUGUUUGAACUAACCAGUAUACAGCACGGCUCCCAAGAACACGUCAGACAUGACCUACCACCUUUGCAAGACACUGAAAAUGCUCCCAACAACUCAACCAAAUCAUGUACUAUUAUGUAAUCCUCAAUACUAUGUGUAACUGUUUGUGUCUCUCAAGCCAUUUUUUCCAGCAUUAGAUACAGUUUUAUUCUCUUUAGUCGGAGGUGUAUACCCAGACCCCCGUAAUUAUUGUGUGUGUUGUAUGUCACUUUUACUGCAAUGACAACAGUACAACUGAA